AUGAUUUAUAAAUGUCGGUCGAUUCUAUUGACUAAUAGUAAUAGUUAUUAUUAUAUUAGUAAUAUUAUUAGUAAUCAUAUAAAGAGUAGAAGUAUUAUUAAUUGUAACUAUCAAAGAUGUUUUAGUAGUAAUAGAAAUAUAUUUGAAGAAGAAGAUGAUGAUGAUAAAGAUGAUAAUAAAUCACCUAGUAGUAGUAGUACAAAUAAAAGUAUAAUAGAAGAUAAAGUUAAAGAGUUUAGUAAUAAUAUUAAUAGUAAUAAUAAUGUAAAAAAAGUUAGAAAUAUUUUUGAAGAAGAAGAUGAAGUUUCAAAUGAUGCAUUCAGUAGAGGAAGAAGAAAUAGUAGUGGUAGUAGUAGUAAGAGCAGUGCCAACGAUAGAUAUAUAGUUACAAGAAGUGGUCGUCUUAGAAAGCCACACAAAACAAUGGUUAAACCAGUUUUUACUAAAGAGGAUAUCGAUUUUAUAAUGUAUCUAAUCGAAUUGAAUAUUGACCAAUAUCCUAAAAUUAAUAGUAAAGAAAAUGAUAUACCAAAUAAACCAAUUGUAUAUAGAAAUAUAAUGGAGGAGAAUGAUGAUGAAGAGGAAGAUGUUUCAACGGCAAACAGCACAGUCGAUUUGAAUGAAAAGAAUUUUGAAGAUCUCGCUGGAAUGAAGUUUGAACAACUGAUUAAAAUGAUAUUUAAAAACAAGAGAACCGGUGAGUUGGAUAUCGAUCAAGAGGAUAUCUUGGAGUUAGAAAGAAUGUUAUCAAAUAAUUUUAGUUUUAAUAGUACAUUACUGCCACCACCACCACCACCGCCACAAUCACAAUCACCAAUACCUAAUAAUCAACAAAAUAUUGUUUUAAAUGACAACAACAACAGCAAUAACAAUAGCAACAAAACCAACAACAACAAUAAUAAAUAA